AAUUUUACACUAGGUGUUCCAAUCAGCUGGAUAAGAAAUUUCGAUAUCGAAGAGUUUGGAUCAUCUGACGAUCCAGAUUUAAGCUAUGUCGUUGAAUGGCGAUGUGGAAAAAAAACCGAAAGGCGGGUGGUUAUGUUAUGAUGUGGCUGUAUCGGAUAUUUCAGAUCGGGUAUCAGUGUUAGAUAGAAAGUUAAAGUUAAUGGAUGGACUGAAGUCUCCAAGGAACGUGAAUGCAACACUUGAAGGUAAUAAAGCUAAAAUACAAAAUAUUGAAGAUACAUCGAAUGAAACAAAGUACGAAGAAGUGUGUGAGAGUCAAGAUAAGUCAAAAAAUAAAAAAGCUGAAAUAGCAGUUGAUCCAGUUAUAAGUUCAUCAGAUUCUGAAGAUGGUCAUGUUAUUAUUAGAAAAAAACAGAGAAAUCGAUCACAACGUAAAAUUGAUAAGAGUGAUGAUAAAGAAUUAUUACCUACUUCGUAUAAAUCAAAAAAGUUUUUGAAUCGAGAUAUUCCAGGAACAUAAUUUUAAGAAGAAAAAAAACAUCCAACCAUUUUAACAUUAUUCUUGAUGCUGUUAUGAUAAACCAAAAUCUAAUAAAAAUAAUGGAUGAGAAAGUUGACAAGUUUCUACGUAUUUCAAAAUCUCAACAUCCAUGUAAAUGUACAGAGCAGAAUAAAGAAAAUAAUGAAAUUGGGAAGUAUGAACUAGAAAAAAAGGAGUUGCAACCAUAAAUGCACAACUUUGGCGGUAGUGGAAUAUUAAUAACUGAAGAUCAGUGGCAUGCUGCUAUAUCAAAGCCGUCGUAUACUUAUAUGGGAAUAACAUUGUUAACAACUAUGUUUAAAAUAGAUGUUUUCUUGAAGAGUAAUUUAAGAGUAAUUAAGAUCCAACGAAAAUAAAAAUAAUGAAAAAACAAAUGUAGAAAGUGAUUUAAAAAUUACUGAAAAAAAACAAGAAGAAAAGUGAUGAUAGUAAUUGCGUAAAGUUCAUAUAAUCAUUUAAUAGUUCUUGAUAUGUAUAAGUUUUGAAUAAAUCAAUAA